AUGCGCUUUCAUACUCCAGCGUCUGUUAUACAGGAGUCUUCCGAUUGUCCUGACAAUCUGGGAAAGAAGGAUCACUCGCCGGAUGUGCUUUCCAUCACUCCGAUCUCUAUGCCUCUUCCACUACCCCGCUCAAAAGCAGAGUCUGCCAUUUUGGUUGCCUGGACAGUAUUAUUGAAGGGGUAUUACAGCCAUAAUCCAGUCUCGUUUAAGAGCUUCGGCCGUACAGGGACUCGUCGGUCCCCCGCCGAGGCCGCAAAGCCGGAGACAAUCUCGGUCGAACUUGAGUCAGAAUGGAACGUGUUAGAUCUCCAAGAGGCUCUAUACCAACGCAAAAAUAGCCAGUCAGCUCUGGAUAAAGGAAUAAGUGAGGGAUUGGAGCGUUACGCUGUUUGGCUCGCACACGAAGAGGCUAUACCAGUAAAUGAAGUUCCCGAGGAAAUAUUCAACCUGGAAAAGGUAUCAAAGGUUUGUCUUUUACUAGUGGUCCAGUGGUCCAGACAAGACAGUGUCAUGCUCAAUUUGUAUUCCCGGCGCGCGAGACCUUGUGAUUUCGAAUUAUCCGAUCUUCUGGAUAGUUUGCGAAAGAUCCUGGAGUCGGUGGUCUACUAUCCAUUCCAAAUGGUCAAAGAUAUCGAGGUCAUCAGCAACUACGAUCGCUUGCGUUUCUGUCAGUGGAUGCAAACCGAUGCACCAAAACCCGCAACCACUAUUCAUGGUUUGGUGAAUCGGCACUAUCGGGAACGACCUGCGCAUGUUGCCGUAUCUAGCACCUUAGAAGAUGUCACCUACGAGCAAUUAGGAAAGCGAUCUGCUGCGAUGGCGCUCCAACUCCGCAGUCUAGGAAUCGGAGCAGGGACCGUUGUUGGUUUCUGCGUGGAAAAGUCCGCCUUGUCGCUCAUAGUGCUGUUGGCCAUUUUGCGAGCAGGCGCAGGCUAUGUCCCAAUCGCAACUUCAAAUCCCGUGGAUCGUAUAGAAUACAUCACGCAAAGGGCUGGAAUUCAAGUGUUGUUUGUGGAAACCGCUAUUCUAGAGAGAUUGAAAGGCCACAAUCACUUUGACGAAUUACGAACAAUAACACCUUCAUCUCUAGAGAGCGGAGAGGUUCUAUCCAAUGAAUGGACUCAAGAGCUCUGCGUGGACUCUUCUCAAGUGGCUUAUAUAAUGUUCACCUCUGGCAGUACAGGGCAGCCAAAAGGGGUUGUCCAUCAGCAUGGUGCAGUGUCUGGGAGCCUGGAGGCCGUUGGCGAGACAUUUGAACUGGAGCCCACCACCAGGUUCCUGCAAUUUGCCUCAUUCUCCUUUGAUGCUAGCAUAUGCGAAUUAUUUGCACCCUGGGUUGUUGGGGGCACUGUCUGCAUACCCUCCGAGGAGGAGCGCAUUGAAGACCUCGAAGGGGUCAUGCACAAACUCAACGUCACUGAUGCUUCUUUGACUCCUGCAGUUGUGGCAUCCUUAAGACCAGGCGCCCUGCCCACAUUGAGGAAUUUGUACAUUGGGGGCGAAGCGCCCACAACAGCCAUUUUGAGCACCUGGGCUGACAAGGUCAGACUGAGCAAUAUCUACGGACUCACUGAAGGCGGAGUCUGGGAUACAAUCGAGUUGAAUCUCCGAUCUACGGACAACCCGAAAGCAAUCGGGCGUGGUAUUGGUGCAAAGUGUUGGAUUGUUGAUCCAGACAAUAUUGACAGAUUGCAACCGAUUGGAGUUGAAGGCGAGGUGUUGCUUCAGAGUCCCUAUCUUGCGCAGAGAUACCUGGAUAAUACCGAGAAAAGCGCCGAUUUCAUAUCUCUACCGGAAUCACUUUCGACUCUUACUGGGCCAUUUUCAGCGUUUUGCUAUCGAACGGGAGAUCUGGCUCGGUGGCAGCCUGACGGGAAAAUGAUCUUCAGUGGUCGUCGGGCUGGGUUCGUCAAGAUUUGCGGAAUCCGUGUUGAGAUUGGUGAGAUUGAAAAGGUCCUCCGUGACUGCCUUCCCGGUGGUGAACAGGCUGCAGUAAUUCUGGCCAAGGACCAACAAGGCAUUCAAAGCCCGGAGCUGGUGGCUUUUAUCGAACAAAAGGACGGACAAUACCCAUCCUUAGCGGACCAGAUGAGCGCAAACUUACUCAAGAUAUUGCCAUCUUAUAUGGUUCCCAGUGCCUUUGUGCCUGUCCAAUCCAUGCCUUUGACUGAUUCCAAGAAGAUUCACCGGCAGCAGCUGAUUUCAGACUGGGCAAGUAUGACACUAUCCGAGACCAUGGCACUUCGGCCUGGAGGCACUCUCCGUCACACAUGGUCCCAAAUAGAUCCGGCUCAAUCGCGGGCUAUUCAACUCAGCAACAUGAUUGCAGACCUGGUUGAAACAGGACAACCAUCGGCUGGAGAAGGCCUACGCGGCUGGGACUUUCCUUUGACCAGUGUGGGUUUGGAUUCCAUCCAAACUGCAUAUCUUUCUGGAGAGAUACGCCGGCGUUUCGGUGGUACUGCUCCGAUUCAGGACCUGAUGCAACCUGGGAUCACAGUGUGUCAGAUUGAUCAGGGACUUUCUGGCCGAGCAGAUGGCUUAUCGGAUGCCUGGUCAGAUACCAACGCCUCGAGAGACCUCCUGGAUGAAUUAAGCUUGAUCGAUAUUCCUGUACCCAUUCAUGUUCAAAAGACAAAGAGAAUCUUUGCAACAUCGAUUACCGGAUUCCUAGGCAGUCAGCUGCUUCGGGAAUUACUGGAGGACCCCAGUGUGAGCCACGUUGUGGGCUUGGUGCGUUCGGGGAGUGAAGCGGAAGCCCGAGACAAGAUACGAGCUCAUGCUGAACUCUGUCAGUGGUGGCGCGUUGAAUUUGACUCCCAGAUUGAAGUAUGGCUCGGGGAUUUGAGCCUUCCAAGGCUGGGCCUUGACGAUGCACAUUGGGGAGACUUGACGGGUCGGAUGCGCAUCGAUGGAAUCAUCCACAACGGCGCCCGAGUCAACUGGCUGGAUGACUUUUCGUCACUAAAGCCCACAAAUGUUGACAGCACUCGCAUAAUUCUGGAGGCACUGUCCAAUAUGCCAGCACCGUGUCCAUUUACAUACGUGUGCGGAGGGUAUCUCCCAUCACCAACAGAAACUCGAGAGCAAGCUUUAAAUAAUCUCGCUCAAGCGUGUGGGUACGAUCAAACGAAGUUUUUGUCACGAAUGAUGGUGGAGAAAUACAAUCACCAGCUCGACCAAGGGCCGAAUUCGUCAGUUCCACGGGCACGAGUAGUACAACCGGGAUAUCUGGUAGGGACAAGAUGGGAAGGAAUUGCCCAUCCCGAAGACUUCCUGUGGCGCUUAGCCUACAGUAUUUUGUCCCUUGGAUCAGUGAGCGAGGAUCUGUGGAAAUCAGAUAUUCCGGUAGCAGGGGUUGAACAAAUUACUUCCCUUGUGGUGGACAGUGUUCUGAAUCUGCACAGCGAACAAGCAUUGGAUUGCCACGAUGGAGUGCCGAUCGAGACCUUUUGCAAGAUUCUUAGCAGCUGCAGUGGUCGAACGAUCAAGACUAUUGGGCACGCCGAGUGGAUGACAACGUUGAGAGCCGACGUCGAAAGUCAUGACAUGGAACACCCUUUCUUACCGGUAAUGGAUUGGUUUGAAGCAAAUAUAAGGCAGUUCAUGGGUUCCUCUCUAGUGAAACAAUCGGCUGGAUUAAGUCAAAGAGAUACUAUUGCAGCGCUGGAUAAAAGCACACAAUACUUGGUGGAUAUCGGCUUUCUUCCGAGGGAAGAUGGCAAUUGUCGGCCCGCUGAACAGCGCAACCACUCUCGGUUUGUACGAUCCAGCAAUUAG